AAUAUAUGAAUUUUGUAUGUAUUUAAUCGAAAUUUUUCAAAAAGUUUGCAUAUUUAACUUGCCGAAAUGUCGAUUAAACAGCAAAACAAUAUAUUUUGGUGGUGAAGUAUAACUUUACAUGGAUUUUAUAUAAAAAGGUGACUCGGAUAACACGGAACCUCGGAUAACCGGAGCUCAGAUAAGCGGGGUUCUACUGUUCGCGUAAUCUAAGGUAUUCCUACUCCGAUUUUCUACAAUCUCGAGCGUAAAAAAUGCGCGAAUUACGGCUUGCACCGAAUGCGACUUUUUAACGCCGCUUCAAGGUGAGUUCUUUAAAAAAAUUGUGCCUACCGAGAAUCGAAAUUAGAGUCAAAGGCUAGUUUAAACAAUUGCCCCAAUCAAGUUAGACAACGGGGAUGGUUAACUCCCCUUCUCCGCUAAAGUUUUCCAAGGGAUAUGUGUACGGCUCCUAAUAUUUAGUCAACAUGAUAAAAAAACUUGCGAAAAAACACAUUCUGUUUUAAAAAAAAAUAUGAGCAUUAUUGGAUAACUCACCUCAUAACUGUUUAAAAUUCGUUCAAUUGGGUUUUAAACCGUCCAAACAGAAUUUUUCUUCAGUGGAACUUGUGGGUUAUUGCCUUCAAAAUUGUGUGUAUUUAAUACCCACUGUGUGCAUUUAUUACUGAUAUGGAAAACCUAGCUGCUGAGUAACUUUGCUUUAGUAUGUAAAGUCCGAUAGCACAAGCUUCCGUUGAAGUCUGCGCGUAAUUUUGUAAACAAAAACUCAGCUGUGCCCGGUUCCGGAUAUCGAAUAUCCAUCAGUUAUUUUAAAAUAGUUUUAAAUAUGUUCCUUUUCGCAUUAGUUUUUUGAAAUGAUGUUCAAGUUCUAUAUCGUAGAUUACACUUCAACUGUUGAGCAAUACAGAAUUAUCAGAAAUGGUCUUAAGAAGCGCACCCAAGACGAUUCUGUAGAACUUAGAGUUUAUAAAAAGGAAAAAGUCCUGACCGUUGAUACUCUUCAACUGAACCGGUUCCUGGUGAAUCUUUACUGUUUCAUCGGCUUCCGCCUAAAAGUUGCACAAUUUCUCAAAGAAAUAGAACAACAUGAGCAGUAUCUGGCCAUACGCACCGCUCCCCCAUCGAGAGAACCCCUCGAUUACAAAUGGGGAGAACGAGCCAAUCGCAUGAUGUGGGAAAGAAUAGAAUUGGAUGAAAUGAUGUCCUGGUUGUCGACAUUAGGGGGCGCGUUUUCUGCUUUAGGAGACUACAAACUGGCGUGUGCAGACGUAGCUGGGCGCAUAUCGAUUCAACAAAUGCAACUUGCCAAGCGCUUAGGUGAACCAACAGUGAUAGAACGUUGUCGGCUGUACAUGGCGAUAGCAAUGAUUCAAAAGUACAACUUUGCCGGCGCCAAAGAGCUGGUUCAGCAGGUUUACCGGAAGGCCAAGCGAGAGACCGAACCGGACACACGGUUACUGAAAAUGUGCCUUGGGAUUUGGUCCAAGCUAAGCUACGAGUACGAUCUCUACCAGCGACGGCUAAAUCGCCCCAAAAUUUAGAACCAAAAAAUUCUGUGCUUCGCAUAAGUCGAUUUUCAAAAUACAUAGAAGGAAGUGAUAUAGUAACAGUUUGAGUUUAUGUAAGAAAAGAAAACAAUCAAUGAUUACAAUAUCAAUAUCGUAUUACACAUGAAUUUUAUUUUCUUUAUAUCAAAAAAUGUUAUUUAAACCAUUUUCUUCUACAUUGCCACAUACUUUUUUUUGUUUCAAUAGGUACAAAGAGCGAAUAAUAAAUUAUUAAUUACCUCGUUGCAACAUGAGCCAUUCCGGUGGCAGAAACUCCUGAUCUUCGAUUCCUUCUGAACGGAAAGAAGAGCUCCACUAGGAUGUUGGUUUCUCAUAUAACGACUAGAGAACAUCCAAAUGCCGGUCAAAGGUCAAAGGUUUUGAACAUGUUUUAACAAAAUUAAAUCGUUACUAAUGAGCGAUAAUUUUACACAAAUAAACUUCUCAUCCAGGAAAACAUGAAAGUAGAAGAUUUCCGCAGCAACGGUAAGCAAGUUACGU